CAUAGUCAAAAAAGCAGCCACAUGAAUUCAGAAUGAUAGAAGAAAGGAUGGGAAGUCCAUCUUGUGAGGUUGUUUUGCUGAAUCAAUCUGAAACCCAUACCACCAAAUCAAACACUCUCAUUUUGCAUAUCCAAAUCUUGAUUGUGGAUGAUGAUCCAACCUGUCUUUCUAUUGCGGCAGAAUUAUUGAAACGGUGUUGCUCAUCAAAAGGUACAUCCUAUUGAAAAUUCACUCUUAAAAUUUGAGCUUCCAUAGUUGUUAAGUGUUGUUAUUGUUUCAUCCAUUUCGAAUUAUUUGCCCUUUUCCCUCUCUUAAUUUUUGGUGUCCAUUUCUGUGAUUCAUGGAUAUGAUUGUUUGGUUGUUACACUCUUCAGUAUAACAUAUACCAUUUUUUUUUUCUAAGGGCACAGGGUCCAUGGUAUAUACCCUUCAAUUUUGAGUUUAUAUGGUACAUCCUGACAUCAAACCGUUGUGAUUUGUAGACGAUUUUCGUGUAAAUUAACAUGCUUUUCUUGUUCCUUGCUAUACUAUUGAAGAUUGAGAAUUUUUGUUAUAGACAAAUCAAAUUAUUAAGAUGAUGUUUUUGAGGGUAUGCACCCAAAAUUGAAGACGAUUUUUCAUGUAAAUUCACACAAUUUGAAUAAUUGUAAUACAAUUUAACCUUGAGAUCGUUUUGAGAGAAAUUGGAUAAUCUAAAGGACAAUUAUGAGAAUAUACCCUCAAAGUUAAGUGUAUAACAUAUGCACACCGUUUUCUAAUUUCUCAUAUUUAAGACUGAAUUGUCGUAUUUUUUUUCUUCAAAACAAAUGAAUAUUUUUUUAUAUAUUCAAAUUCAUCACAAUGGGGCUCAAAUGGUAGAAAUAUACAUGUAAUUUCCCUCCGUAUUUAGGUUUAUGCAUAUUAAACUCGAAUGGCCAAUUUCAAUCCAAUGUUUGUAGGUAUAUUAGAGCUCGAUAGGAAAAGGCCUAAUUGUUUUUCAACUACGAAAUUUUAUUUUUGAAGAAAGAGAUAGUGUGUAUGUGCUUUAAGAUAAAAACAUGCAUUUGACUGAAAUAAUCUUUGUUUGUUACCCACUAGUUUUUUCGUAUAUAUAAAUUGUUUGCUACCCAUCAGUCGCUGUAAAAGUUGUGGAUUUGGUUUAUGCCUUUUAUCUUCCAUUUUUUGCUUGGUUAAUGUGUUGUAAUGAGUGAUAAGAUUUUGGCCUUAUAAAAUCUAAUCAAACUUCUAAUAUUAAAUAUGUUCUCCCAUGUUUUGCUAUCUUAAUGCAUUUUAAUGUUAAUAGUUUCACCUUAAUCUUUAAAGAUUCAGUAGUCUUCAGUCUAUGAUAUAUUGGGCUUAACUUUUAAGUAUCAAAAUCUAAUUCUAACCACCAGAAUUUAAUAGGAGCUCUCCAUUGUUUACCAGACUUUGAACAAUCUUCUAUAUUUAACUUUGCUCAUAUACUUUUUUAGUGUACUUUAUAUGUUGGUGUCAUUCUAAAUAUUGUCUCGCAUUUAUGAGAACUUGAUAGAUGAAAGGACAAGACUUACUGUCACAGCGACAAAAAACCCAUUGGAGGCAAUGAGGGCGUUGCGCGAGGAAAAUAAUUAUGACAUGGUAGUUAUGAGUCUACACAUGCAGGAGGUGAACGGAAUGGAAUUUCAAAGACAAGUUGUUCGAGAACUCAAGAUUCCUGUAAUCGUAAUGUCAGCUGAUGACGAUCAACAUUUGAUGCUCAAGACUUUAGAGGAUGGAGCUAUUUUUUACUUACUAAAACCGGUUAAUGGAGAAGAUCUUAAGAAUGUGUGGCAAUAUGCUAUUACAAUAAAGAAGAGAAAAUCUAUUGUUUUUGAAGAAAGGAGUGACAAUUUAUAUUCAAAUAUCGAGAAAAUACCUUGUCAUGAUACCAAGUCGACGUCAUCUAUCAACAACGACAUCGAUCGUAAUAGUGGACAACUAAAUAUCAUUUCGAAAGUGGAAAGAAAAAGGGGAAGGAAGAAAAUGGCUAAAGAAGAUGAUGGUGGACGUGAUUUUGAAGAUGAUGGAGAACUUCACAAUAGUGCUAAAAAGAGGUCAAAAGUGGUUUGGACGAGUUCACUUCAUACUCGUUUUCUGCUAGCUGUUAACCAUAUCGGACUCGACAAGGCUGUUCCCAAGACAAUCCUUCAGUUUAUGGGUGUGCCAGGGCUCACAAGAGAAAAUAUUGCAAGCCAUUUACAGAAGUAUCGUAACUUUUUGAAAAAGCUUAUAGAAAAUGGUGGAAAGUUUCCGUCGACCCUUUCACAAAGGACUUUGCGAUCCUUUGGUUCUAAUUCGUCGUUUCUCUAUAGAAGAAUCAAACUACAGGACUUAGAUAUGCUAAGUCGAAGAAGGCUCGAUCCAUUGUUUCAAACGGCCAAUAAGAGUUCUAGUUUUAUCCAACUGCGACAUCACAAUCAUAAACUUUCACAUUUGUCUCUUUUUCAAGGACCGAGCAACUAUCAACCCCAUUUGUUACAGUCUGACGAUAUUCGAAGAAACCUUACAAAUUCCAACCAAGGUUUUUCAAGAUUUGGUGAUACUCCAACAUGCAAUAACAUUGGGACUGCAUCAAAAGUUGGAGGUUAUGGUUACAAUCAAAUUUCAGGUAAUAGUUCUAUCAAUACUAAAGCAACUACGAUGGGUAGUCCUUAUCAAAAUCAAAAGUUCAACUUCAAUAGUUAUACCGAAAUGAAAUUAAAUGGUACGGGCUGUGAGUUUAUUGGAGCUAGUAAACCAUCAUUCAAUGGGAGUAUUGGAUUGCUUCCAAAUGUUGGCUUUAAUGGUUCAAAUCUUGGAUUGAGAAACCGGGAUUCUAAUGGGGACAAAAAUGUUGCACCAACACUGGCAAUGAAUGAGCCGUUAGGCUAUAGUUCAGCUUCACAACAACCUUCUCUCUUUAUAAAUCCACUCCCAUUCCCAUCAAGCACCAACAAUAAGCAAAACAAUUAUUUGGGAUCGUCGGCAACGUUGUGCCAAGAACUCAAUUUUUUCAAGAGAUCAAAUGGAGGAAUGAACAACCAUGUUGAUGUGAUCAAUAUGAUGGGUAAUACUUUUACCAACCUUGCCAAUGAUGCUCCAUGCUUUGGCGAGUAUACGUUCAAUCAUCAACUACAUGAUGACAUUGAGAAGAGUGGACUUCAAUCCAGCAAUUCCAUCCCUUCUUCAUUGGACACAAGUCAGCAAGAAGAUGGAGUUCGAGAGCUCAAGUUCUCAAGUGACAAUGCUCACUAUGGUGAUAUUGAAAUGAACAAUCUUGUUACGCAGUUGCCACGGUACCCAAACUUCUCCAAUGAAUUGUCUCAACAUACGAAGAAAACUACCAAUCUUGAAGUAAAUGCCUAUGAUCAGCAAGAAGUUGGAGUUACAAAGAUCGCAUUCUCAAGCGACACUUCUCACCAUGGUUCUAUUGAAAUGAACAACCUUGUAACCCAGUUGUCACACCCUAGCUUAUCUGAUGAGUUGUCACAACAUACAGAGCAAACUAUCGACCUUGAAGAACUUUUAGAUGCCUCUAGUCAGGAAAAAGACGAAGUUACAAAGUCAAUGUUCUCAAGUGAUUUUCAAUAUGAUGUUAUCCAAAUGAACAACAUUGGAAGUCAGUUGUCAGACACCAUCUUCUCUAAUGAGUUGCCUGAAUGUGCAAAUCCAACCAAUUUUGACGAAAUAAGAAGCAAUUUCGAGACUGACUUCAAUCCCAUCAAUGAUAAGCAGGGUGCAAAUGAUGGAGAGACAGUAGAGCUCAAUUCUAACGACUCGUUUCUAGCAGAGAUCGAAGCAAUAUUAGACAAUAAGGAUUGGGCCGAUCAGUUCAUUGAAUGUCUCCAUGAAAACAAGGAUUGGACAUCCUUUUGAAGCAAAUAUUACAGUUGACAAGUCAAAAACUUGUAAUGCAAACCAAACAGGAGAAGUUAUUCAAAAAGUUAAUAUAUUGUUCAAACAAUGCAAAAGAAAACUAAAUAAUAUCAGUUUUACAGUGUGGUAAGAAGUAAGAACUAAGAAGUAGAUGGAAUUUGCUUCCAAAGACUUCAUAUUUGGACAACUUCUUAGAUUCUUGACAUAGUUGAGGUUUAGUUUCACUAUGUAGUUGGAUCACUGAUAUAAAUGUUAAAACUGUUC